AUGGAUCAGAAAUUUGUUUCCUCAACAGAGAUAGAAGAGGCCAGAAAAAAGCGGGCAGAAGAAUGGAAAGCAGCUUAUGAAAGACUGGGAGAAAAAGAAGAGUAUGAUCCUCGUACAUUAUACGAGAAAUUACAGGAACAAAAAAUGAAGAAAGAGGAAGCUUUUCAGGAAAUGACGAGAUUCAGCAAUCUGAUACAUAGACUUGAUGAGGAUGAAAUAGAUUUUUUGGCAACAUUAGAACAUGAACAACGCGGUAAAGAAAUGGAAAAAAUGAAAAAAGUUGAGCAAGAACUUGAAGAAUUUAGACGGUCAGUGUUUGAUCCGUUUUUAAAUAUCACUGCUGCCAAGGCCGAUGAAGAGGCGGCACCAAAACUUAUAAUUCAACCUGAAACUAUCUCAGCACCAAUAAAAACUUCCAUAAAGAAAGAUGCACAACGGAUGAUUUUAGAGAGUGCUAUUAAAAAAAUCAACGUUCCUUCACGUAAGAGAUCAUUAAAUGAUGAUGAAACUCAUUCAUCUAACUCUAAUGAACAAUCAAAAGAUCAGAAACGUUCAAAACUAGAAUCACAUUCAAGCAGAGAGACAACAUUAACAACCGCAACUAAUAACAUUACUAAUAAUACUCUAGCAUCUUUACUAGCAUAUAGUGACAAUAGUAGUAGUGAAGAGAGUACUAGUGACGAUGAAUCAUAA